AUGAAGAAGCCCAUUGAGGCAAAGGUCCGUCUCUCGACGCAAGAGCUGCCCAACCAGAAACAUGCAGCCAAGGUAUUCUUGAACGGCACUCUCAUACUGGAAAACGGCCUCCAGGCAGGACAGGUCGUAUACAUUGAGUCUACCAACGACCCAAAGAAACGACGGGAAGGUAUUGUGUGGCCUUCGACGGAUAAGAACCUCGCCGGCAACAAGAGCGUGGUUCAGCUGAGUCGAGCUUUGCGGGAGGCAACGCACCUCGAGUUGGGCGAGGUCAUAAGGGUAUCCGACGCUGGAAAACCAAGCGUGCCGGAUGCCCUGGACGUGGUCAUUCGAGACGUGACGCCAGAUGCGCCCGUCAUCUCGGAUGCAGAAAGAAAGUUUGUUGCCUACAAUGUGGAAUGUGCGCUCGAAACUGCCGAGUUCGUCUUCCCCGGCCUCAACCUGGACAAGGUGCUUGGAAAAGGUGUCAAGCGUUCCUUCAUUGUCGAGUCAGUCAACGGCUCAGGGACCAAUGUCGCCAAAUAUUGUACCGAUACACGAGCUCAGUGGCUCGAGGCUGACGCUGGUAAUGGAGAUCAGGCCCAGCCCCCCCCUGGCCGACUAGAGAUUUCCGGAAUUCCCGGCAUGGCAGAUGCACUGGACAAACUCGAUGACUUCUUCAGCGACUACGAUGUCAAGUUCAGCCAUGGGGCAUUCCCCCACCCCUCAUGCGGUAUCGUUGUACAGGGAAGCCGGGGAACAGGAAAAUCCAUGCUUCUAAACAGGAUUGCAGAUACACGAUGGGGAAGCGUCAAGCGCAUCAAGACUACAGACAAGCCACAAGCCAUCCAAGAGUCUUUUAGGAACGCCAUUGACGAUGAAAAGGCAACCAUCAUUCUUAUCGAUGAUAUGAGAGGGGUGGUGGGCAAGGAUCGGCCCGCUGCCACUGAUGCUGUUCUCAAUGGUCUCGAAGAGCUCGCAGUCUUGACCAUCGGAAACAAGAAACGUCCAAAUGUGCUCGUGGUAGGCAGUUGCCGCAACUACUUGGAAGAUGUCCCCGAGGGCUUGCAGACGAGGCUCGCAUUUGGGCGCCACGUUACGCUCACCAUUCCCGAUGCACCAGCGCGGAAGGAAAUUAUUCGAUCAUAUUCGCCCAACUUCAUGCCGGAACACUUUGACAAAUAUGUCUCCGACCUGGGAGAUCGCACUCAUGCUUACACGGGUAGCGACCUGGUGGACCUUUUGCACAGCGCUUUUAGAGCUUCACAACGCCGAACAAGAAAUCGGGCUGGCGGCGAACCCAUCACCUGGGAGGAUGUUCAGCGAGCGCUCCAAGAGAUCCGACCCACGGCCAUGCACGACAUAACGUUGAAGCCGCCCACUGUAAGAUGGAACGAUAUCGGAGGAUACCAGGAAGUAAAGACAACACUCCAGCAAGUGCUGAACCGCUCUACGGACAUGGUCGUAAGCUGGAAACCGCCAAAGGGAGUAUUAAUGUACGGACCUCCGGGCUGCUCAAAGACCAUGACGGCCCAGGCCGUCGCCACCGAAUCCGGCUUCAACUUUUUCGCCGUCAAGGGUGGGGAGCUGCUAAACAUGUACGUCGGAGAGACGGAACGAUCGAUCCGCAACCUCUUCCAGAGAGCCAGGGAGGCAAGCCCCAGUGUGAUUUUCUUUGAUGAGAUCGACUCCAUUGCCGGCAAUCGGUCAGGGGGCGGCGCUACGGCGGGAGGCGGUGUACAAGCCCUCACCACUCUGCUGACGGAAAUGGACGGCUUCGAGGAGAUGGGCAACGUGUUUGUCUUGGCGGCGACGAACAAACCAGACUCGCUUGACCCGGCUCUCAUGCGACCGGGCCGUUUCGACGAGCUCAUCUACGUACCGCUCCCCGACGAGCAGGCACGAGAAGCCAUCAUCUCAAGAAAGGCCCAGGAGCUGCGGUUCCCUCCCCUCGAUAUCCCCGAGCUGGCCAGGCGAACUCAUGGCUAUUCGGGAGCCGAGAUCAGCCGCAUCUGCGACAAGGCUUUUAUGCCGGUGGACUCUAACGCUGACACGAAUGGCGAGCCCGACGGCAUGGCUGUGCUAGAGAGAGCCAUUCGGAGGACGCCAAAGGGCGUGACCAGCGAGAUCUUGGCGCAUUUCACAGCGUGGCGAUUGUCUAGGAAUGAGUUUUAG